AGAAGUAAAUGUCUGCAACCAUAGGGCUGCAUUUGCAAAAGAGGAAAUGGACUUCAAACGGGAAAACCAAGUCGAGAAAACCAUCCAUUCAGAUAUCAACUUCCCAGCAGAAAUGUUGGUCUGGUAAACUAGUUUUUUGGGACCAGAGUAUAGUGGAGAAGAUUUCUUUUCUUUUUUAAAGUAGGCCAAAAUUUUCCUGAGUUCUUUCUUUUUUUUUUUUCUUUUUCCUUUCUCCUCUUUUGUCCCAUCCCCUUUUCUUUGUCUCCACAGAGUAACUGCUGGGAUGGCGAUUGGGUAGCUGCAGGGGCCAAGACUCAAUUCCCCUGCACUAGCCGGGGCGUAGUGGGUGGGACUCAGCCCAGAGUUGGUUUUCCACAAGCAGAUUUCUUUGCAGUUUUCCUGCACUUUCGCCCAGCGAGACCCAAGGCAAAAAGCAGACAGCAGCUGGGGAGUCGUCCCUGGCGACCUACCCCUACGGGGAGAGGGAACGCAGCGGGCUGCCGAAGGACCCUGAGUGACCUCGCCAUGUGCGGAUCUGCAAGGCGCGCCCUGGAGCUACUGGAGAUCCGGAAACGCAGUCCCGAGCUCUGGGAGGCCACCGAACACUCCAGUCACCAGUGUCCUUGAUCUGAUCGUGGCUUCUGUCUGUCAGUCCCUCAUAAAGAGCACCUCACCAGGACAAGAUCCGCAGCAGAGUGAGGCCACCAACACCAUGUUCUGUACGAAGCUGAAGGAUCUCAAGAUCACAGGGGAGUGUCCCUUCUCCUUACUGGCACCAGGGCAGGUUCCUAAAGAGCCGGCAGAGGAGGUAGCCGGAAGCGCAGAGAACUACGAAGCCACUCUGCCCUGUCAGGACGCUCCUGAGAAGAAUGUCCAAGGAAGUCUUCCUCAAAGAAAGACCAGUCGGAGCCGGGUCUAUCUUCACACUUUGGCAGAGAGCAUUUGCAAACUGAUUUUCCCCGAGGUCGAGCGGCUGAACCUUGCACUUCAGAGAGCACUGGCAAGACACAAAAUAAAAGAAAGCAGGAAAUCUGUGGACAGAGAAGACUUUGAAAAAGUAAUUGCGGACCAAGCCCUCACAGCAGGAGUUCCCGUGGAGAUCAUUAACGCAUCUCUCGGUGAAGAGGUUUUUAAAAUAUGUUACGAGGAAGAUGAACACAUCCUGGGUGUGGUGGGAGGAACCCUCAAGGAUUUCUUGAACAGCUUCAGCACCCUUCUCAAGCAAAGCAGCCACUGCCAGGAGGCAGAGAAGAAGGGCAGGCUGGAGGCUGCCUCCAUCCUCUGCCUGGAUCAAGAUCACGAUGUCUUAAACGUGUACUACUUCUUCCCGAAGAGGAUCACGUCCCUGAUUCUGCCGGGCAUCAUCAAGGCGGCUGCCCACACCUUGUACGAAAGCGAAGUGGAUGUGUCCUUGACACCUUCCCGCCUCUGCAACGACGGCAGCGAGUUUGUCAAUCAGCCCUAUUUGUUAUACUCCGUUCAUGUCAAAAGCACCAGGCCCUGCCUGUCCCCAGGCAAGCCCCAGUCCUCGCUGGUCAUCCCUGCUUCUCUCUUCUGUAAGACGUUUCCGUUCCAUUUCAUGUUUGACAAAGACAUGACGAUUCUGCAGUUUGGCAAUGGCAUCCGGAGGCUGAUGAGCAGGAGAGACUUCCAGGGGAAGCCUACGUUUGACGAGUACUUUGAAAUUCUGACGCCAAAAAUCAACCAAACUUUUAGCGGAAUCAUGACUAUGUUGAAUUUGCAGUUUGUGGUCCGAGUGAGGAGAUGGGAUAACUCUGUGAAGAAGUCUUCAAGGGUUAUGGACCUCAAAGGCCAAAUGAUCUACAUCAUUGAGUCAAGUGCGAUCUUGUUCUUGGGGUCCCCCUGUGUAGAUAGAUUAGAAGAUUUCACAGGAAGAGGCCUCUACCUCUCAGACAUCCCGAUUCACAACGCGCUGAGGGACGUGGUCUUGAUAGGAGAGCAGGCCAGAGCUCAGGAUGGCCUUAAGAAGAGGCUGGGAAAACUGAAGGCCACCCUUGAGCAAGCCCACCAGGCCCUGGAGGAGGAGAAGAAGAAGACUGUCGAUCUUCUGUGCUCCAUAUUUCCCUGCGAGGUGGCGCAGCAGCUGUGGCAAGGGCAGGUGGUGCAGGCGAAGAAGUUCAGUAACGUCACCAUGCUUUUCUCGGACAUUGUUGGGUUCACCGCCAUCUGCUCCCAGUGCUCGCCGCUGCAGGUCAUCACCAUGCUCAACGCGCUCUACACGCGCUUCGACCAGCAGUGCGGAGAGCUGGAUGUCUACAAGGUGGAGACCAUUGGCGAUGCCUAUUGUGUGGCUGGGGGCUUGCACAGAGAAAGCGAUACCCAUGCUGUUCAGAUAGCGCUGAUGGCCCUGAAGAUGAUGGAGCUCUCUGAUGAAGUCAUGUCUCCCCAUGGAGAACCUAUCAAGAUGCGAAUCGGACUGCACUCUGGGUCGGUGUUUGCUGGAGUCGUCGGAGUGAAAAUGCCGCGUUACUGUCUUUUUGGAAACAAUGUCACCUUGGCUAACAAAUUUGAGUCCUGCAGUGUACCACGGAAAAUCAACGUCAGCCCCACAACGUACAGAUUGCUCAAACACUGUCCUGGUUUUGUGUUUACCCCACGAUCAAGGGAGGAACUUCCACCAAACUUCCCCAGUGAAAUUCCUGGAAUCUGUCAUUUUCUGGAAGCUUAUCAACAAGGAACAAAUUCAAAACCAUGGUUCCAAAAGAAAGAUGUUGAAGAUGGCAAUGCCAACUUUCUAGGCAAAGCAUCGGGAAUAGAUUAGCAAAAUAUGUACCUGAUGUCAGCCUUUGGGGCGUGACCCCUUUGAGCGUCUGUGGAAUCUCUGAAAGCACUUUAGCAUGCAGGUGGUUAAGAAGCAGUAUUAAAAUUCAGGAGUAAGUCUCGAUCUACUUAUUCUUCCACUUAACAUGACAAAAAUGUAUUCACUUCAAUACUUCAGCUCUUCA